AUGAUCAUCAACAUUGUGGAGUCGUUACGGUCGCCCUCACAUGAUGUUCGAUAUCUGGCAAUCCAGGUUAUAAUAUUUAUUUAUCAGGCAAUGAGACUGGAAGUACCAAAGCUUAUCACGGAUUGCAAGUUAAUUGACGAGAUCCCUUUGGAUGUCUCCAAUGCUAGGAAUUUUGGCUUAUACAUUCGUAACCUGAGCAACAGUUAUGCUGGAACAGGAGCUGAUACCCUCUUGGAUCUGAUUAUACCCCGCUUUUUCUUUGGUUUACUGACAGCUAAAUUUCAGCCAAUUUGGGAAGCCUCGGUAGAGGCUAUCUCCAAGAUCUCCGAAAAGAACGGAGAGAUCAUCUGGAGUUUGGCGUAUGAGUGGAUUGUCUAUGAGCCAAAAAUCUCACCCGUUUUUGGAAUGUUUGACGAUAUUAUCCUAGAUGAGCCAGAACAAUCAGCAACAGUUGAGUGCUCGAAUCUGAGUCAAGUGAUUAAUCACUCAGUAAGCAGCUUUUACAAGUAUUCAAAUAGUCAAAACUUUUCAAAACUCAGUAUUCGAGAUUCGUUAGAUAAGAUUGAUUUCCCUCCCACAGUCCGCGGUCAAAUAAUCAAGGUUCUGGCGAGUAUUCCUCGUGUCGCUGAGAAGCACAGUCGCUUGUUGGUACCAUUUUUAUUGUGGGACAUCAACUCUGAUGAUGGAGAAGACUCAGAGGAAACUGAGACACCCUUGUCAUCGACCUGGUCUGUAAAAGAUCGAAUUGCAUUGCUAGAUCUUUUCUCGUUAUUUGGAAACCCCAAGACAUUAUAUAAGUCGGAGGAGGUAUACGAGCGCUAUCUUUAUCUACUGGGAAAUCGAUCAUUGGCAGUACAGAAAAUUGCAUUGAAAUGUUUGCUUACCUUUAAGAACCCGCAGAUUCGUAAAUAUCGGGAUAACUUAGAGGGAAUGCUUGAUGAUACUCAAUUUAAAGAUGAGUUAACUAAUUUGGUCAGAUAUUCGGGUGAAGAAGGUACAAUUCAUGAAGACGAUAGAGCUGCUUUAUUACCCAUAGUGAUACGUAUUAUAUUCGGUCGUGCGCAGAUCGCUAAAACUGGUGGUGUUAAGCAGGGAAGACGAUUUGCUGUUGUCAAUUCGCUCUCCAAUGUCGAGCCAGAAUAUCUACGUUUAUUUAUCGAUCUUUCUGCCAAUCGACUGGAGCACGAAGGAUUUUUAAAAGGUUCCUAUGAUGGAGUUCUAACUAUCAAUCCGGAAUUCAGUCACUUUCAGUCAAGCGAUCUUCGACUCCGUAGAGAGCUUGGUUUUGUAACCAUGCUGGAAGAGAUUCUCGAGCAAUUGGGUGAUCGUGUCCAUGUGGCAUGGGAUAUCAUUAUUGAGUCACUGAUUUUAUGUUUAUACAGGGCCAACCAAGCUCAUACAGAUCUUAACGAACAGGAUGAGGAUGAACCGACUGACUCGGUUAUAGGCAAAAAUAUUCGAUCCAUUCGUCAAUUAGGUUUCAAAUGCUUAAAUGCACUGUUCUCUAUUUUACCAGGUUCCAAUUGGGCUGGAUGCUUUGAUAUUAUUUACAGCAACUUUAUUUCCAAUAGGAUGGCAAAGUUUGCCGAGGAAAAUUUACAACAGCCAUCGUCCUUGAUGCGUAUUUUUGUGACGCUUUCCUCAGAAAAAUCUUUGGUACGUUUCUUAACUUGGGAUAACUGUGCAAUUAUCAAGUCUUUUUUUGCUUGCCUCUCCUAUGAUGAAGUUAAGGACUCUGUGGUGGAUGUUAUUAUGGAUACCAUGAACAAUAUUUUGGAGCUCGAAAGAAGCGAAGAUACAGAGACAUUGUCCGUUACUGGUGUACCUAUUGUGCUUAAUCGUAUGCCAUACCUUUUUGAACGACAAAGCAACCAUCAAUUGCUAGAAAAAGAAGCGCAGUUACUUGUUAAGUUGAUGACCAGUGGAUACGAAGCCAGCGAUGAUAUUAGAAAGCAACUUAUUGAAGUAUCCCUUGCUGCAUUAGAGAAGAAUACGACCCUCGUGCGAGUUUCUGUCAAGGUUUCAGUUUUACAGACUUUGUCCGUUUUAUUGAUGGACGGAAGAUCCACAUUAGAAGAAUGCACAUCAGCAUAUUAUACUCUUUCUAAGCUCUUCCGACAGUUUACUAAUCGACAGGCUAGAGAAAAUCUUGCUGCUGUGUUUGAUGUCUUCGGUGACCAGUUUGAUGUUUUCAAAACCGUCUCCAAGUUGGUAGUCGAUCUUAAUUCUUACUCAGCUAAGCGAUUAGACUUGCCAGAUUUUGACCGAAGACUCUCUGCAUUUGCAGUAAUCAAUGAAACUAAAUUCGACAAACUGACGGCUAUGGAGUGGCUCCCAUUGCUAUAUAAUAUGCUCUUCUUUAUGAAGGACCCGGAGGAGUUGGCGUUGAGAACAAAUGCUACAUAUUCAGUCAAGCGCUUUAUUGAUGGAUUGGCAUCCAGGACUAAUGAAGAGGAUGUAUCUUCCUAUGUGCAACUUCUCGAUGAUGUGGUAAUCCCUGUUGUGAAAACCUCGUUGCGGGAUUCGAACGAUAUUUUCCGUACCCAGUUUAUCGAUGUACUUGGCCAUAUUGUCAAAGCUGCCAAGUGGUACUCAAAAAUGAAUGAUAUGAAAUGCCUUCUAUUUGAUGGUGAUGAAGAAGCGAACUUUUUCAACAAUAUCAAUCAUCUGCAAAUUCACAGAAGAAGAAGGGCGGUUCGAAGACUCUCAAAGCUUGCCAGUAAGGGAAGCUUGACAGACACAAAUAUUGCACACUACAUCCUUCCCAUCAUUGAACACUUUGUUGGAGGUACUGAAGGAGAUGCGCAUAAUCUGUCAGAAGAUUCUAUCAAGUGCAUUGGUGUUCUCGCUCGCCAUUUGACUUGGAAUCAAUAUCGUGCUAUCACCAAGAGAUAUAUUGCUUAUCUCAACAGCAGGCCAGAGUCUAUCAAAGCUACAGUUAAACUGGUCGAGACUGCCUCUGAUGCUCUUAUUAGUCCCGUAGAUGAAACAGACAUGGAUCUCAGUCUAUUAGAAGAGGACGAAGAUGAAGACACUACUAUGGCUGGCUCCGAGGAUAUCUCACCAGCGGUAGUAAACUCCGUUGAAGGUGCCGUUAAGCUCGCAGAUUGUCUCCCCAGUGUUGAAAGGCUCAGUGCAUUCAUCACUGAAGAUAUUGUGCCUACCAUGCAAAAGGUGCUCAACAAGAAAAAUGAUGAUGAUACAUUAACACUUCGUAUCCCCCUCGCUUUACCUAUUGUCAAGUUCAUCAAGGCUCUUCCAGAGGCUCUGAUAGAACUGAAACUGCCAGGAGUCUUAACUGGUCUUUGUCAAAUUUUGCGUGCAAAAUCACAAGAGCUCCGGGAUAUGAUACGUUCUACCUUGGGCCGCAUUGCAAGAAUUCUGGGUACGAAAUACCUUGUCUUCAUAAUCAAGGAACUUAAAGGAGCACUCCGACGUGGUGCUCAGCUUCAUAUCUUGGGUUACAGUUUGCACUCACUUCUAUCUGAAUUGAAAGAUAUCAUCCUACCUCGUGAUUUGGAUGUCUCUGCUACUUUGAUCAUGGAUAUUAUCAUGGAGGAUACUUUUGGUGUUACCGGUGGAGAGAAAGAUGAAGAAGGAUACACGAGUGAUAUGAAGGAAGUAAAGCAGUAUAAGAGUUAUGAUAGCGGACAGAUAUUGGCUAGUAAUGUCGGACUAGGCACUUUCAGUGAACUCGUGGAACCUGUAAAGACCCUUCUUUUGUAUGAAAAGCUGAAUUUGAAAAUGGAAAAGAAGGUUGAGGAAUUACUGCGAAGGUUUGCACUUGGUUUAUAUCACAAUAUUGAUGCUUCUAAGCAAGAAGUUCUUGUAAUGUGCUUCGAACUAUAUGAGAUGGUCAAUAAUGUGUCCACGGAAAUUGAAAAGAAAAAGAAGAUUGAUUCUGAGAGUCACAUUCGAGACGAACAGAAACGUGAGGCAGAAGAACAUUUUAUGAUUCAACUGGACUCUCGUCACUGGGGUGAACAAAAUACCAUCCGUAUCGGAAAUCUACAUAUAAUUACUAAGUUUGUGAUUGAGAUGAUUCGUACGGUUCUUGGUAAAAAUGAGCAUAUGAUGACAGCUGAAAACGUGGCUGGCUUUAUGCCAAUGCUCGAUGAGGGGCUCAAUGGCAAUUAUGAAGAUGUUCAAAUUGCGUCACUGAGACUUUUGGCGCAUAUUAUUAAGCUGCCUAUACCUGAUGUGAGUGGACGAGUGGUCAGUCUUGGUAGAAGAACAUUAUGGCUUAUUAAGUCUAGUACGUCGACCAAUACUGAAUUGUGCCAAGCUUGCUUGAGAUUUAUAUCGGUGUGCAUUCGUCAAAAGAAGGACUUUUCUUUGAAAGAAAAAGAGUUGGCGUAUUGUCUAAACCGUUUGAAGCCUGAUAUCGAAGAGCCUGACAGACAAGGUAUUACUUUGACAUUCAUCAGGGCCGUUUUGUCGAGACAGAUUAUGAUGCCAGAAGUCUACGACAUAAUGGAUCAGGUUGCUCAAGUAAUGGUAACAAACCAGUCCAAUGUUACGAGAGAAGCGUGCCGCAGUGCUUACUUUCAGUUUUUGACUGAAUACCCUCAAGGAAAGGGUAGAUUGACCAAGCAGCUUAAAUUUUUGGUCGCAAAUCUUGAAUAUCCCGCUGUCAGUGGCCGUCUCUCUGUUAUGGAGAUUAUACAUUUGCUACUGGCUAAGGUUACUGAUGACCAAGUGCAAGAAGUGAUCGCUUCUUUCUUUGUUGCUCUAGUUUUGGUGCUCAUCAAUGAUGAGGAAUCCCAAUGUCGUGAGACUGCCGCCGCCCUUAUUGGCGAGUUACUGGAUAUCUCUAAAGAUGAGCAAUUGAGUUUGAUUGAAAAGUACUGCACAACUUGGCUCACCAAUAGGGAAAAUGAACUUCUGUUACGUGGUGGAUUUCAAGUGACGGGAAUUUACUGUGCUAAAUUUGGCGUCAGAAAGAAUCCAAAACUUUUCAAAUUGGCGAUCUCCGUUCUUGAAAAACUUUUAGAGGAUGCCAAAUCAGACUCCAAUGUUGUUGUACAAUGGGAAACAUUGUACCAGGGUCUUCAAUUCGUUGCAAAGACCGUACAAAAUAGCAAUGGAUUAAAGAUUUUGUUUUCUUCAAACUACCAGCAGCUCUGGGAUUUGAUUGAAUCUUCAUUACUGUUUCCCCAUGCUUGGGUGAGAUUGGCAUCAUCUAGAUUGAUUGGUAAGCUCUACAGUGUGUAUUCAGGUGGCAAAAACUGCGAAAUCACAAUAAGUACAGAUGGAUUGCAAAGUACCGCAUUCAAAUUUGUUAGACAGCUGGGUGCUGCAUCGAUCUCCGAAGAUCUGGGUAUACAGAUUGUUAAGAACCUUGUAUUUAUAUCCAUGCAGUGGGAAAAGUCUGAAGAAACUAUUUACUUUGUUAAGCCACGAUCUUCCAAUGAAGACGAAGAUGAAGACGAUGACACUGCUACAGAGGAAAGAAUUCCUGUUAUCAGAUGGUUGAUCCAAAAGAUAUCUUCUGUUUUAAGAGCCGAAAAGAAUUUCAAAGAAAUGAUAGUUUCUAAAAAGGCUAGUAUACAGUUACUGGCUUCUAUCAUCCAAUUAUUAUCUGUUGAAAAACUGUCCGAAAUGGCUGAAGAUAUUAUUAUGGCCUUCUAUAUUUACUCCAUAUCAGAGGAAGAUAGAACAAGGGAUUUGAAAGAACUUUGCUUAGAAGCUCUAAAUAUGGUUCAGAAGAAGCUCGGUACAACUAAAUAUGUACAGGCUUAUAGCAAUGUUCAGCAGCAAGUCUCAGAAAGGCGUCUUGAGCGUAAGUCAAAGAGAGCAAUCCAGUCAGUAUCAGCCCCAGAUGUUUAUGCGAGGAAAAAGCUUCGUAAGAACCUGGCUAAGAGGGAAAAGAGAAAACAUUCCAAAGAUGAGAAUGGGUAUUACCACAGCAAGAAGAGUAAAAAUGCUUAA